CUCUGCCGCGGGAACCACGUCGUUCCUGCCUUUGAACUCAAUACGAGGUUUAAACCUCACCAUCUGUUAGGAACCUCCGAAUCCUGAGCCACCAGAGUGUAGAUAGGUUAUCUCGAUCACCUCAAAACAUGGGAGCAGCAAUUCGGAUCGUGCCCAAUCGGGCGGCAAGAGCAGUAAACCUCCUACGAACCAUCCAGUUCUCACAUCCACCCUCUUGCCCCUGCCACUCCAACCCUAACCAUCAUCACCACAACCAUGCUUCGCCUUCCGUUUCAUCCACCAUCACCCGCUUCGCGGACCGCACCAACUCCCGUCUCGUCAACACCGGGACCGGGACAGGGGCACGUGGCUACGCCACGCCGCGGGACGCCUCCCUGCAGAAGGAGUAUGCCUUUGAGAUGGCUGCGUCCUCUAUCCGGUUUGGACCGGGCGUCACGAGGGAGGUGGGGAUGGACCUCAAGAACAUGGGGGCCAAGCGGGUGUGCGUGGUCACAGAUGCGACGGUAGACAAGCUGGAGGCGAUGAGGCAGGUGCGGGAGGCGUUGGACGGGGAAGGGGUGGAGUACAGAGUGUACACCGGGGUGAAGGUCGAGCCGAAGGAUUACAGCGUCAAGGAAGCCAUCGAGUGGGUCAAGCCGUACGCACCGGACGCCUUCCUGGCCGUGGGCGGGGGGUCGGUCAUCGACACGGCCAAGCUGAUGAACCUGUACUCGUGCUACCCGGACGCCGACUUCCUGGACUUUGUCAACGCGCCGCUCGGCAAGGGGCGGCCCAUCGACCGCAAGCUGCGCCCGCUCAUCGCUGUACCCACGACCGCCGGCACGGGCAGUGAGACGACGGGCACCGCCAUCUUCGACCUCGCCUCGCGGCGCGCCAAGACGGGCGUCGCCCACCGCAACCUCAAGCCGACGCUGGGCAUCUGCGACCCGCUCAACACGCGCACCAUGCCCGCCGCCGUGAAGGCCAGCUCCGGGUUGGACGUGCUGUGCCACUCGCUCGAGUCAUGGACCGCCAUCCCGUUCAACGAGCGCACCCCGCGCCCGACCAACCCCAUCCUCCGCCCGGCCUACCAGGGCGCCAACCCCAUCAGCGACAUCUUCUCGCUCAACGCGCUGCGGUCGACGGUCAAGUACCUGCCACGCUCCGUCCGUGACCCGGAGGACAUGGAGGCACAGAGCGAGAUGCUGCUAGCGAGCACGCUGGCGGGCGUCGGGUUCGGCAAUGCGGGGGUGCAUCUGUGCCAUGGCAUGUCGUACCCGAUCUCAGGCCAGAACCCGGGCUACAAGCAUGCCGGGUAUGAGGUCGAUGCGCCCAUCAUUCCGCACGGAGUUUCCGUCGCCGUGUCGGCGCCGGCCGUGUUUCGCUUCACGGGGCCGUCCAACCCGGAGCGCCAUCUUGCGGCGGCGGAGGCGUUUGGCGUGGAUGUCAGCAAUGUGAAGAGGGAGAGUGCGGGCGAGGUGCUGGCCGAGGCACUGACCAAGUUUCUUGCGGACUUGGGCGACCAGCCGAAGGGCCUGAGGGAGCUGGGAUUCGGGCGCGAGCAUAUCGAGGAACUGGUCGAGGGCACAAUCCCGCAGGCGCGGGUGUUGGUGCUGGCGCCGGGACUGGCGAAGGAGCUGGAGCAAGAGAGGGACCAGUUGAGAAGGUUGUUUGAGGAUGCGCUUGAGCAUUGAAUUUGAGCUGGGAAUAGAGGAUGGCUAUGAUGCUAUUGUGUUAUGCGCUGGUCGUGUGGCGCGAGCCGGGAGUCCGGAUUAAUGAAUGAAGCGGCGCGCCUUCCCAAUGGACUACAUAGCAAUGCUAUCGUGGGCACGGGUUUUGGAACGACUUUCGGGCCAAUUCAGUUUUGAUCAAGCGUGCCGUC